UGGAGACAGUGAGUUCUAGUUCCGCCUUAGGGAUGAAAACCAGCUGGGUGACUUAGGGCCAGUCCCUCCCUCCCUCCAGCCCACCUCACAGGAUUGUUGUGGGGAAAUUGGGAGUUGUAUUUAGACACAUUUGCCCUCUUGAGCAAUUUUUAAAAAAUACUAUUGCGCAGGCGAGAUAUAAAUAAAUGCACAACAAAGGAAAAAGAACAAUUCUUCCGUGCGAGCUGUCGAUUCUCACACCCUGCUCUCUCGCCCUUACAGUGAGCAGCUGACGUCGCUGUGCGAGGACUCAGGGGAAUGAUGGAAGCGGCCGCUUGUUCCCAGCUCUUCCUUUGUUGCAAGCCAGUUGUGUAAGGAGAAACGUGUGGCAUGGAACAGUGACGAGACUUACACAACCGCUGGAGAUUUUGUCGUCCGUAAGUUAUUUCAGAAUUCCUGGAUUUCUCCUUCCCCCCACCCGCGGAUGGAGUCCCGCCCGCCGCUCCCUCUCCUCCCCGAGCAGAACCUGGACCGCGAGGUCAAGCAGAACAUGGCCGAGCUCUCCCUCUGGACCGUGGUGGCCGCCAUCCAAGCGGUGGAGCGGAAAGUGGACUCCCACGCCAGCCGCCUGCUCAACCUGGAGCGGCGGGUCAUGACCAACGAGAAGAAAUACGUGGACUGCGAGAACGCCGUGGUGGACUUCGGCAACCAGAUGGAGUGCAAGCUGACCGCCCUGGGCACCCUGAUCCAGGAGUACGGGCUCCUCCAGCGCCGGCUGGAGAACAUGGAGAACCUCCUGAAGAACCAGAACUUCUGGAUCCUGAGACUCCCGCCAGGCGCCAAGGGGGAGACGCCCAAGGUGCCCGUGACCUUUGAGGAGAACGCCGUCUACUUCUCGGAGCAGGAGUGGAGCAACCUGGAGGAAUGGCAGAAGGAACUCUACAAGAACGUGAUGAAGAGCAACUACGAGUCGCUGGUCUCCCUGGACUAUGCCAUCGCUAAACCGGAUCUCCUGUCCCGGAUCGAGCAAGGCGAACGUCCCUGCGCCGAGGAAGAGGAGGCAGCGACGACGGACAGGGUGAUAUCUUCGGAGCCCAGCCCAGAAAUCCUAGUUUUUAGACCCUGUCUCUCCUCCCCACCGGAAGACGGAGGUCACGCGCGCGGGGGUCGAGAAGGGGAACCCAGCGAAGGACGGAGGGUCCCACAGACACCCGGGGUCGACGAUGGAGUCGCCCAGACGUCCUUCGGCUCCCAACGCAAGCGAGAUCUGGAGGGGAACGCGGAGGGCCCGGACCUCUCGGAGAAAAGCGAGCUGCACCUCCCGCCGAGCAUGGCCCUCGCGACAAAUCACGUCUUAAUCAAAACGGAGCCAGAGGAUGACUCGGAAGCCCACGAGACCUGGAUGGUGCCGGAAGAAUCAUUCGUAGAAAGGAUUAUAAAGAAAGAAGAGGACUUCGAUUCCUGUCUGUGGCCGAGAGACACUCCGGAGGAGACGGCCAGUGCCAAUGAGGGCAGUCCGGCGGAAGAGGUCCACCGGAACUGUCAGAUUGGCCACCAAGAGCAGACGCAAAGUUACGGCGGUCUCACCUCUCCGGGACGAAACCUCUCGUCCCCACUCAUGAAUGGAAGCCCCCUGAUGCCCCCUCAAGAGACGGGACAUCAGCCGGGAGAGGGGCUGUGGGCUUGUCCCCUGUGCCACCAACGCUUCCGGCUCCACGUCCACCUGCUGCUCCAUCAGAACACCCACCGGGAAGCGCCGGCCGAGCCCGUCCCCAAGGACCUGCUGGGCUGCCCCUACUGUCCCCGGCGUUUCGGCCGCUCGGACCACUUGCUCCGUCACCAGAUGAGCCACACGGGCGCCCGGCCUCACCAGUGUCCGGCCUGCGAGAAGAGCUUCACGGACAAAAGCAAACUGACCAAUCACUUCCGGACCCACACGGGAGAGCGCCCCUUCCACUGCACGGACUGCGGGAAGCACUUCGUCCGCCGGCAUCACCUGGCCAAACACCAGCGCACCCACACGCGGGAGCGGCCCCACCAGUGCCCGCUCUGCCCGAAGAGUUUCAUGCAGAAGCACCACCUGCAGAAGCACCUCCGCACCCACACGGGGGAGAAGCCCUACAAGUGCGCCCUCUGCCCCAAGGCUUUUGCCUGCAAACAGCGCCUCCUGCAGCACUGCUGCGCCUUGCCUCCGGCGCCUCCCUCGGAAACCGCGGGGCGGCCCUUGGCCCUCCUGAAAGGGACGCCCACUUCCUGAUCACCGAUGCAACAGGGACUCCGCCCCACCUCACCCUUUUCGUUCAGGCUCGUCCGUCAAUUCAGAUGCAGAAGUUGAACUCUCGGGGGGGGGGGAGCGGUGUCAUCAAGGGAUGGGGCUGAGCUCCUGUUUGUAGCCUCCCUUCUUGGUGGAUUUUGUUCCUAGGGGAAUUGGGCUGACGACGAUUCUGUUCAGCUGGAAAGAAAAAAAAAAACGUCGAUCAGCCCUUGAAGGUCCCGAGUCAGCCUUUGAUCAGCCCGUGAAGAUCAGCCACCGAAGAUGCUGAAGAUCAGCCGUCGAAGCUCCCGAAUUCGCCUUCGAUCAGUUCGUGAAGAUUCCGAGUCGGCCUUCGAUCAGCUCCGGAAGAUCCUAAAUUGGCUUUCGAAGGUCCUGAAUCGGCCUUUGAUCAGCCCUGGAAGGUCCUUAGUUGUUGAUGGGCAACGUGCUGACUGAUCACCUUCGUCUUCAUUCGGUCUGUGACCAACUCUUGUGUUUCACGUUGUAGAAGGAUGUGCAACUAGGAGCAAAUGGGGCAGAGGCGAUUUUAUUUUGGGAGGCUUCUUUGGCGGCUCGCCAUCAUGAAGAUGUGGAUAUUAGAUCAAGAAACGAAUCGCCCCCGUUUGUCUUGGACUCUCUUUUGCCUUCCCCAGCCAGAUCCAAGUUUGAUAAGUGGAACGGCUCGCCUCCAGAACUUGUGGAUGCUCCAUCACUGGAGGUUUUCAAGAAUAGACUGGACCUCCAUUUGUCCUGAAGGGUGUCGGGUCUCCUGCUCAAAUAGAGGUUUGGAGUAGAAGAUCUCCACGGCCCUUUCCGACUCUGUUAAUUCUGCAAUUCCCACGUAAAGACAGGACAAGACAGGAUUUCAGUUGGAUCACUGCCGGGCUUCCCGAAUCCCCUGCAGCUUUUUUUUUUUCCCUCUUAUUUUGAGGCUCAAAAGACCUCCAGGAAGACGCCGUUGUAUCUUGGCUGGCUUGCAUCACCUCCGAGACCAUUGUGGGAACGUGGUUGUCGGGAUAGGCGGGGGGGGGGAGAGACAGAGAAGGUAGACAAGAAGAAGAAGAACCCAAAGUGGUGAUCGGACUAUCUUGCUUUUUCGUUAUGCUCGAUUUGUAUGCUGUUUUAUAAGCUCUGUCGUUAUGCCUUGGGGAAAACGUGCCCGAAAAGCUGAAACUUGGGGAAUGGGUAGCUGAAAGAAAAGAGCUCUUUGCUUUUUUUUUUUUUUAGUUUGUGUAAAGUCUCUGCUCUCUGUGCUCCCUCUUUUCCCUUGAUUAAAAAAUUAUAAUGAG